ACCAGGGCCCCAUUGGGUGGAAUCUUUCGAGAAGGCUCGAGAAGAAGGAAGCGGAAGUGGCACGUGGAGGGGCCGGUGGAGGCGCCGGUGAGUAAAUGCAGCAGAUUCUGGAAACUUCUCAUCAGUGCGAUACAUAAAGCUGAGGAGCUGAGACCUCCCCUUUUGGGUCGGUACUGGGGCGCGCAGCGGGGAGCCAGCAGCUGCGGAUCCAGGCCGGAGCCGGAGCGGCCCGCGGAGAAUCGGCGCCGCCUGCCGCCGGGUGAGCCCUCUGCAAGCCGCCGCUGUCCCGGGGAAGCCGGGGCGCCCAGGGACCGAAAAGCAGUCGGACCCCGCGGGAGCCGCGCGCGGCGGCCGGAGGACGCGGACCUCGACCCGGACCCAGACUCGGGGCGGAGGCGCACCACCCGUCAGGCAUGUCUGUGGUGGGGCUGGACGUGGGCUCCCAGAGCUGCUACAUCGCGGUGGCCCGGGCCGGGGGCAUCGAGACCAUCGCCAACGAAUUCAGCGACCGGAGCACCCCAUCAGUCAUAUCAUUUGGGUCAAAAAACAGAACAAUUGGAGUUGCAGCCAAAAAUCAGCAAAUCACUCAUGCAAACAAUACAGUGUCUAACUUCAAGAGAUUUCAUGGCCGAGCAUUUAAUGACCCCUUCAUUCAAAAAGAGAAGGAAAACUUAAGUUAUGAUUUGGUUCAGAUGAAAAAUGGUGGCGUUGGAAUAAAGGUAAUGUACAUGGAUGAAGAACAUCUGUUUAGUGUGGAACAGAUAACAGCCAUGCUGUUGACUAAGUUAAAGGAAACUGCUGAAAACAACCUCAAGAAACCAGUAACAGAUUGUGUUAUUUCAGUCCCCUCUUUCUUCACAGAUGCUGAGAGGCGAUCUGUAUUAGAUGCUGCACAAAUUGUUGGUCUAAACUGCUUAAGACUCAUGAAUGAUAUGACAGCUGUUGCUUUGAACUAUGGAAUUUAUAAGCCCGAUCUCCCAGGCCUGGAUGAGAAACCUCGGAUAGUGGUUUUUGUUGAUAUGGGACACUCAGCUCUUCAGGUGUCUGCCUGUGCCUUUAACAAGGGAAAAUUGAAGGUACUGGGAACAGCUUUUGAUCCUUUCUUGGGAGGAAAAAACUUCGAUGAAAAGUUAGUAGAACAUUUUUGUGCAGAAUUUAAAACUAAGUACAAGUUGGAUGCAAAAUCCAAAAUUCGAGCCCUUCUUCGUCUGUAUCAAGAGUGUGAGAAAUUGAAAAAGCUAAUGAGCUCCAACAGUAUGGACCUGCCACUGAGCAUUGAGUGUUUCAUGAAUGACCAGGACGUGAUGGGAAAGAUGAACAGGGCACAAUUUGAAGAACUCUGUGCUGAACUCCUGCAAAAGAUAGAAGUUCCUCUUUAUUCACUGAUGGAACAGACUCAGCUCAAAGUAGAAGAUGUGAGUGCUGUUGAGAUAAUUGGAGGCACUACACGAAUUCCAGCUGUGAAAGAAAAAAUUGCCAGAUUCUUUGGAAAAGAUGUUAGCACAACACUCAAUGCAGAUGAAGCAGUUGCCAGAGGCUGUGCACUGCAGUGUGCAAUCCUGUCUCCAGCAUUUAAAGUUAGAGAGUUUUCCAUCACAGAUGCAGUUCCUUUUCCCAUAUCUCUGGUCUGGAACCACGAUUCAGAAGACACUGAAGGUGUUCACGAAGUGUUCAGUCGAAACCAUGCUGCUCCCUUCUCCAAAGUUCUCACCUUUUGGAGAAGCGGACCUUUUGAACUGGAAGCUUUCUAUUCUGAUCCUCAAGGAGUUCCAUAUCCAGAAGCAAAAAUAGGCCGCUUCAUAGUUCAGAAUGUUUCUGCACAGAAAGAUGGAGAAAAAUCAAGAGUGAAAGUGAAAGUGCGAGUCAACACGCAUGGCAUUUUCACCAUCUCUACAGCUUCUGUGGUGGAGAAAGUCCCUGCCGAGAACAGUGAGCUGCCUUCUGUUGAAGCGGAUGUAGAGUGUCACAGCCAGAGACCUCCAGAAAACCCAGAGGCUGAGAAAAAUGUCCAGCAAGACAGCAGUGAAGCUGGAACACAGCCCCAGGUACAAACUGAUGGUCAACAGACCUCCCAGUCUCCCCCUUCACCUGAACUUACCUCAGAAGAGAACAAAACCCCAGAUGCUGACAAAGCAAAUGAAAAGAAAGUUGACCAGCCUCCAGAAGCUAAAAAACCCAAAAUCAAGGUAGUGAAUGUAGAGCUACCUGUUGAGGCCAACUUGGUCUAUCAGCUGGGGAGAGACCUGCUUAACAUGUACAUUGAAACAGAGGGUAAGAUGAUAAUGCAGGAUAAAUUGGAGAAGGAAAGAAACGAUGCUAAAAACGCAGUGGAGGAAUAUGUGUAUGAGUUCCGGGAUAAGCUGUGUGGACCAUAUGAAAAAUUCAUCUGUGAGCAAGACCAUCAAAAAUUUUUGCAACUGCUCACCAAGACUGAGGACUGGCUCUAUGAGGAAGGAGAGGACCAAGCAAAACAAGCCUAUGUGGAUAAGUUAGAAGAAUUAAUGAAAAUUGGCACUCCAAUUAAAGUUCGAUUUCAAGAAGCUGAGGAACGGCCAAAAGCAUUUGAAGAACUAGGUCAGAGGCUGCAGCACUACGCCAAGAUAGCAGCCGACUUCAGAAAGAGUGAUGAAAAAUAUAACCAUAUUGAUGAGUCAGAAAUGAAGAAGGUUGAGAAGUCUGUGAAUGAAGUGAUGGAGUGGAUGAAUAACGUCAUGAAUGCCCAGGCUAGAAAGAGUCUCGAUCAGGAUCCAGUUAUACGUGUUCAAGAAAUUAAAGAAAAAAUAAAGGAAUUGAGAAAUACCUGUGAACCUGUUGUAACACAACCCAAACCAAAAAUCGAAUCACCCAAACUGGAAAGAACUCCAAAUGGCCCAAAUACUGAUAAAAAGGAAGACACUUUAGAUCAAGGCAAAAAUAAUUUCGGUGCUGAACCUCCACAUCAGAAUGGUGAAUGUUACCCCAAUGAGAAGAGUUCCAUUAAUAUGGACUUGGACUAGAUAACAUUAAAUUGGCUUCAUCUUUUAAUUAAUAAAAUAUUUUUUCCAUAGUAUGUGACUCUACAUAACAUACUGAGACUAUUUAUAUUUUCUUUUUUAAGAAUGUUUAGAACUUUUGUGUACUAAAUGGAAAAAGGAAAAGCUUAAGUCUGUAAUCUUUAUGAUCCUAAAAGGGAAAAUUGCCUUGGUAACUUUCAGAUUCCUGUGGAAUUGUGAAUUCAUACUAAGCUUCUGUGCAGUAUUACCAUUUGCGUCACUGAGCAGGAAAUUGACUUGUCUUUUGGAAAAGCUAAAACAAACUGUACUGCUUGUUCAAGAGGGCUGUGGGUAAAAACAUUAAGCAUUUGUUCCUGCCAAGGUAGUUUUCUUGCAUCUUGCUCUCCAUUUCAGCAUGUGUGUGGAUGUUUAUAAACAAUACAAUAUGAUUUCACAAGGGCUUUCUAAAAUUCUGUCCAAUAGAAGAUGACUUUUUGCUUUGAUAUUAUUAAAAUGCAUUGAGUAAUGCAAGCGCUAGUGAAAUGUGUUAGCAGCAUGCAGAACAAAUCUUUCAAAUGUAUCACUUGUUACACAGUGCACUGUCAAGUGGAGGUGUCAAAUGGAAGAAAUGUAGGUUGUGUGUUACCGGUAUUGUGAAGCCUUUUAUGAGCUUUAAAAUAAAGUUCAUCUAUGGUGUCAUUUCUAAACGGUUUUGUCACUGACUUAAAAAUGGGGUUGGGGAGAGUGGUAUAAACUAUUAUAGCAGAAAUGAAGUCACUGUAAAACACUGUUUCUUUUUUGCUGCUGCUUAUAUAUGCUACCUCUUUGCUAACUGAAAAUGACUGUCUACUGAUAGAAAAGUAACGUAUGUUUAUCACAUUUAAAACUAUAAAGUAGAACAUAAUUUAUAAUCCACCACUCAUAAAAAAACAUUGAUUCUUGUUGCCUAUCUUUGAAGCCUUCUAAUGACAGGGUAUUAUGUUACAGUGUUGUAUAGUCUGCUGUCUAAAACUAUCCCAGACAAAUAAGUGAAUACAAGGGUGGGCAAAGUAGGUUUUACAGUUGUACCUAAAAAAAAAACAAACGUGGAGGUUAUGAGUAUUACAAUAGCUUUAUUGACACUUGUGUACCUACUUUUGCCCAUCCCUUAUAAUGUGUUAAAACUUUACUGAUGUGCUGAAUUCCAUUAAAUUAAAGACUUACAUAAAGUAUUUUUACCAGCCCUGACCAGUUUUGCUCAGUGGAUAGAGCGUCGGCCUGUGGACUGAAAGGUCCCAGGUUCGAUUCUGGUCAAGGGCAUGUACCUUGGUUCGGGCACAUCCCCAGUAGGAAGUGUGCAGGAGGCAGCUGAUUGAUGUUUCUCUCUCAUCGAUGUUUCUAACUUUUCUCUUCCUCUCCCUUCCUCUCUGUAAAAAAUCAAUAAAAUAUAUUUUUUAAAAUAUUUUUACCAAUCCCAGUAUUGAUGGAUUUAGGUGUUUCCCAAGUUUUUGCUAUUCUUAAUAAUGCUGCAAUAAACUUUAUCUGGUUUUUAUUGUCUAAGGAGGAAAUUGUAGUAGUCUUGGGACUGGGGUGAGGAGUAGGGGUCAUAACAAGUAACUGAAGUUUAAUACUUGAAACAACCCAUGAUCACAAGGGAAGUAUCAGAGUUGGGAACAAACUUGAACACUUAAAUGUUAACUAAGCCCUCACUCCCAGCGCACACUUCAUUUGUGUGUCUGGUGUGGACUUCAUCAUUUUAAAUUUGUUUGCCUCUGUAUUUCAAGAACUGAAUAUUCCAUUCUCAUUUGUAAAUGUUGAAUGUUGAUUUUAUAUAACAUGUUAAGAAUCUUAACCACUUGUCAGUAUUCAAACAUUCUCCCACUUUGUAAUUUCUUUUAACUGUUUUAUCAUUUAGAAGCUUUGAAUUUUGUAAUCUGUCUCUUAAGUUUUUCUAAUGGACACUAAUGUAUACUCAGUAGGUGUACAUUGUAUACUGUUGAGAGGUGAAGAUAGGUUUCUGUAUAGAGUUGGGAAGCUUAUAAAGAUUUUUUUAAAAUAU